UCCAGUGGGGGCCAAAUUUUAUAUCAUCAUGGUCGAACAAAUUGCAGACCUCAAUUAUGACUUUAACUACAACCUUUUCUUGGCCAAGCGCAUGAUGGACAAUCUGCAGACGAAUGCAGAGCGUCAAAGGGUUAUUCGAUGGAUGCGUAAACUCAUCGCGUGCAGAAGAAGCGUUGAAGAAAUGAAACUGCGCAAUGACUUCAUGUACUAUUUGGUACUCAAUGUGCAAAAUAGGGACCUUAGACCGCCGUUCCACGAAAGCCCCCCACCGGGACCCCUUCCAGAGCUAUCGCAUCUUUUACCAGGAUCCAGUGCUGAAUCUCUGGGCGAAGCAGGAGCCUGGCAGGAGAAAGAAAACAAGAAGAAACCGAUACUAUAUGAGUACUCUCCUGAUGGAGGUGCUUUCCUUGCUUCGCAGCCUAUUCCUCGAUGCGGGGCAUUUUGCUACCUAGCAGUUGUCAGUCGCACUUCGAACAAAUAACCUUGUGGAACAUACAGUAAUGUAAAUUAAACCAAAUUAACCAAAUACAAACAGGAAUAUAGUAAACAUAUUUAGGACAAUCAAAA